CAACAGCAGCAACAGCAGCAACAGCAACAGCAGCAGCAACAACAACAGCAGCAGCAGCAGCAGCAGCAACAGCAACAGCAACAGCAACAGCAGCAACAGCAGCAACAACAGCAGCACCAUGUCAACCCCUACGUUCGAAGCAUUGCGAUGCCCCAGCACCCCUCGCCAGCUCCGGCACCUACCGGCGGCAUGUCGCUGACCUCGCGCUCGAUCACGGAGGAGGACACCAAGAUCUACACGUGGAUCAUGGAGCUGGUACAAGGGGACCGAAGGGAGACAGCAUUGUUAGAGCUCAGCAAGAAGCGGGAACAGGUGGAUGAUCUGGCCGUCAUUCUGUGGCACUCCGUUGGUGUCAUGACCUCGCUGCUGCAGGAGAUUAUCUCGGUUUACCCGUUGCUGAUGCCGUCGAGCUUGACGGCCGCCGCGUCGAACAGAGUGUGCAAUGCGCUGGCUCUGCUGCAGUGUGUGGCGUCGCACAACGACACCCGUGGAUUGUUCCUGCAUGCGCAUAUUCCGCUCUUCCUCUACCCGUUCCUCAACACGACAUCCAAGUCUCGGCCCUUCGAAUACCUUCGGUUGACCUCGCUCGGUGUCAUCGGCGCGCUGGUCAAGAAUGACUCCUCGGAUGUCAUCAGUUUCUUGCUGUCGACUGAGAUCAUUCCAUUGUGCCUUCGCAUCAUGGAGACCGGCUCCGAACUAUCAAAGACGGUAGCCAUCUUCAUCGUGCAGAAAAUCUUGCUGGACGACAUGGGGCUCUCCUACAUCUGCCAGACGUACGAGCGCUUCUAUGCGGUGGGGACUGUGCUCAGCAACAUGGUUACCCAGCUAGUAGAGCAACAGACGGUCAGGCUGCUCAAACACGUUGUUCGAUGCUUCCUCCGGCUGAGCGACAACCCGAGGGCUCGCGAGGCUCUUCGCCAGUGCCUACCAGAGCCCCUCCGUGACGCCACCUUCUCCUCGGUCCUCCGAGACGACGCGGCGACCAAGAGGUGUCUGGCACAGCUGCUGAUUAACCUCUCGGACUGCGUAGCCGAGUAGGAGAACUCAAAACGCUGUGUGCGCGUGCAUUAGCCAUAAUGUAUCCUGCUCUGCGUUGCUUUUUUUUUUUUUUUU